GAGGGGAAAAAAGAAAUAAAUAAAUAAUAAGGGCCGUGUGACAGGUAGCGAAACAGAGGGCUAAAAUGGACACCGUGUUAAUAAAGUGAUUCUUGAUUUUUGGUUCUUUACGCCGUCGGGACAAAUCGAGUCUUCUCUCACCGCAACGUUGUCCAGCAUGGCGGCCGACGUCCACAGCAAAGGGGUGACGUGGGACACUCCGAACGGAAACCUGGCACCGGUCGAGCAUCUUCCCAACAGCAGAUCGGAGAGUCCGACUCCGGGGCUGGUGGAAGGGACCGAGCCGGGCGCAAGUCAGGAGCGCGCCAUGUUCGCCCACACGCAGUCUUUCGAGGACCUGACGGCCGACGUGGAGCUGACGGGAAGCCACCGCUCUGAGGUCGAGGAGGUGGAGGAGGAACAGCAGGGAGGAGUAGAAGGAGGACUAGAAGGAGGAGUAGAAGGAGAAGGAGGAGGAGGUGAAGACGUCGCUGUGGUCGAGCCGAAGCCAGAGGUGCAGGCCGUAGUACGGGAGAAGGAGGAAGACGUGACGAGCGAGACGUGGCGUUCACACAAGAAGCACGUGUUUGUCCUCAGCGAAGCGGGGAAGCCCAUUUACACGCGCUACGGCUCUGAGGAGGCGCUCUCCUCCACCAUGGGGGUCAUGAUGGCGCUCGUGUCGUUCGUAGAGGCCGAUAAGAACGUCAUACUCUCCAUUCACGCAGACGGUUUCCGCGUGGUGUUCCUGCGUAAGAGUCCGCUGGUGUUGGUGUGUGUGUCUCGCUCGGGUCAGUCGGACGGUGAGCUGUGGAGAGAGCUGCACUAUGUCUACUAUCAGAUCCUGAGCCUGCUCACUCUGCCUCAGCUGCAGCGCGUCUUCCAGCAGCGUCAGAGCUUCGACCUGCGCCGACUGCUGUCCGGAUCCGAGCGCGUCACCGCGGGGCUGCUGCGCCUGCUGGAGAUGGACGCGGGGCUGAUGCUCAACGCCACCAUGAGCCUGCCGCUCUGCAGCACCACGCGCAACGUCGUCUGCGCCAGCCUGCAGGCGGCCAGCUCCAAGAACCUCGUCUUCUCCGUCCUGCUCGCCGGGAGCCGACUCGUCGCUCUGAUCAGGAAGAAGGAGCAGCACCUCCAUCACACCGACCUCCACCUGCUGUCCAACCUCGCCGCCUCGUCCUCGUCGUUCCGACAGGGGGAGGGCUGGACGCCCGUCUGCCUGCCCAAGUUCAACGCCUCCGGGUUCUUCCACGCGCACAUCUCGUACCUGGAGCAGGCGUCCGAUCUCUGUCUGAUCCUGGUCUCCACGGACCGAGAGGACUUCUUUAACCUGUCCGACUGUAAGCAGCGCUUUCUGGAGCGGCUGAAGAAGCGUAACGUCUACCAGGCCCUGCAGGAGGCGCUGCACACGCCCACGUACCCCGUCUCGCAGGUGGGCAUCCCCGAGCUCUGGCACUUCGUCUACAAGUCCAAAAGCUCUGGGCUUUACACCAGCCCGGAGCUGCCUGUGCCGUAUCGCACUGAAGUGGAACAGGAGAGGUUGAUGGAGCUGUACCGGUACCUCCACAGUCGCCUGCACCACCCGACACGACCCCUGCGCUCCAUCUACCGCUGCACCAACACCGAGAACCUGCUCGGCUGGUCCACCAGCGGCUUCGAGCUCUACCUCUGCUUCAGUCCUCUGGCCACGAAAGCUCUGGCCAUGUCGGCGGUCACCAAACUGCUGAAGUGGAUCAGGAAGGAGGAGGACCGUCUCUUUAUCCUCAACUCGCUCACGUAUUGAGAUCCGAUUCCUGAUCCAGAGGCCAGGAUGUCUGACACAUCUAGACCACUGACACUGUGCUGGAGCUGCUGUCGGGAUCGUACGUGGGGGAGGGACGCACAAGAACCAUUUCAAAUCCUUCAGCGGUUCAGAGUGAGCUUCGCUGAACAGAGUAACGUGAGCCGUACGAGGCUCGGAUUUUUAUCACCAAACCUCAGUGACCGUAUUUAAAGUAAAUAAAUAAAUAAAUAAUAAUAACAAAAUAAACCCCCACAAGAACAGGAGGUAGUCUACACAGUACCUCAAAAAACAACAAAAUCCCCGCAAAAAAAAAACAAAAACACUAACAUGCCAUUCAUUAAAGGAGCCGUGUGUAAUAUUUAGUACUUUGAAACCUCUCAUAAUAUAGGGCUACACUUUAGACUGAAAGAAAGGAAAGGGUUCCUCAAGGGUUCUUGCUUGGUUACAGGUUCUAGACUUUAAAAAAAUAAAGGUGCUUUUUAGAGCAGUGCCAUAGAAGAACCAUUUCGGUUCCCUAGAGAACUUUUCAGUGACGUUUUCUGGCACGUUUAUUUUAAGAGUGCAAGUCCUGCCAUUUCUUUAUCCUUCUUGAACCGUAUCAAGGUUCCUUCAGGCUCCCGAGUUUUUUUUUUUUUUUUUAAUUGUUUUUGAAAGCUCAAAACUUUGUGGAACUCGUGACUUCUACAGUCUUUUUUCUGCAUCAGUGAAUUUCUAUGUGGAAAGAUUUCUGAAUGGGAUCUGCAUAGAGGAGGAAAAAAAAAAAAAAAGGUUCCAGGAUUCUUCGAUUUGAGAACCCUUAGAUUUUCUAAGAGUGUAUCUUGGCUAAACCAGGAUAUCGAGCCAUGAAGAUACAUUUAGUUCGCAGUGAAUAUGAGCUGUAUGCUAGCGGUAGCACUAGUGUAGCUCGUUAGCUAGUCAAGAGACUAAAGACAUGUGUUUACAGGUUUGUUUUGUCGCAGGUUUAUUUCGCCGAAUUGAUCCUGGCAUUGAAGGGGAAAAGCGUCCGAGCGCAGAAUGACGUCAUGCUAGGGCGGGGCGAUAUGACAAAAAUAUCAUAUCACGAUACUUGAGGAUGUUUCUACGGUACACGAUGUGUAUCACGAUAUUUAAUUUAGCUAACAAACUGUCUGCAAAACAGCAGUAAAUUUCACUGAAGCUUAGUUUGCCGAUACUUUUCUUUAACGCCUUUUGAAGACAAAAAAAAAAAAAAAAAAUGCAUCACCAUACUAAUGAUAUCUCAGAAAAGUGUAUCACGUAAUUGUUUAUCAUUAUAUCAAUAUUAUUGAUAUAUCGCCCAAUCAGCACUGCACUAUCAAUUUGCACUGGAACUAAGGCUAAUCUAGCUAACGAAUCAUAUGGUUUUUUUUUUGGUUUUUAAAAAAAAAAAAUCUAAUUAUCCACUUCAAACCACAUCCAGUUCUUUAUUAAUGUACUGAUGUGCUUUAGGAACACACACACACAAAAAACCCUUUUCUCCUCUCCCUAGGCUCCGCCUCUAAAAUGCUAAAACGGUUCAAUUUUGUAAUUCGAAGUUGUAAUUUGUAAACACGUGCUUUUGUUUAUUUAAAAAAAGCAUUAUGUAGCUUCAGCUUAGUUUAAAGCAAAUCUAAUCUAGAUGUGUAGUCGUGGCUGACUGACUGUAUUUCAGGGAAGUGGGGAAAUUGUUGUUAUAAAUCUGACUUUUCAUUAAGCUGCUCCUUUAACUGCCUCGGGCUCUUAUCAAACUAAACCCAAUAUCUCACCUUUUGCCUUUUUUUUUUCUUUUCUUUUCUUUAAUAUGAAAGACCCGUCACUGUUCUGACCUACACUGACAUGUUGAGACGAUGUUUCAGAGAGAUCUCUCCUUUUCACUCAGCAAAUCGACAUAAUAGAUGAAAAAGACUUCUUCAUAUCGCAGUUUACUAAAAUGAUUUUUAUUUGGUGACGUGAACGACCAUGCCACGUUUAAGGCUUGCUCAGAGCUCAUUUACAUACUGCAUAUUAAUGCACAGUGCAGCGCUGCUUUGAACGAUGAUCUUUCACUGACGACGUUUACAUGGACAGCAGUAAUCUAAUUACUGACCUUACUCUGAGUAAGGUAAUAAUGUGAUUAAGGUGUUUACACGAGUCGCUUUUAGAACACUCCUGUCAUGUUCCCGUUUUACAUGUUAUAGAACAUAAUUAGAUUAACAGCACACGUCAUUACGUCACCGCGCCACGCCGUCCGACGUCCCUCCAGAAUCUCACGUAUCUACAUACAGUUGGUCUUCGUUAUGGGACCGUAUACAGUUUUGGGUGUUUUUAUAAAAAAAAAAAAUUUUACGAACGCUUUAAGUGCAAUUAAUUAUUUGUCAUGCUGUACGUGCUAAUAGACGACUGCUUGAAGCCGUGGGCUGCGUCUCAAACCGCGUACUUAUCAUCUAUAUAGUAGCCCAGAUACAUGUAUUUUUCCCCACUACAGGCCUAUAGUAGGCAAGUACGCGGUAUGGGACGCAGUCGUACUCUCUUGUUCGCCGUAAAAUGUUGAGGACUGCCGUGUGUGUACGUGUCCUGUCGCAAAAUGCGGUGAAAACUCUCACACGACGUUAAUAUUGUGAUGAAGGUGUUUACAUGUCUGUAAUACACGUCCAUAAUGCGACUAAAAUAGGAGUACUCCACCUGUCUUAAUUCGAUUAGAGCUUAAUUCGAGUAUGACCUUAAUUAGAUUAAGGCAAGUAAAAAUUGCUGUUUACAUGGUAGUUUCUUAAUCAAAGUAUGGUCUUAAUCGGGUUAAGAGUGGAUUAUUGUUGUCCAUGUAAACGCACUGACUAUUAACCUAAGUAAAGUUGCUGUAAGUGUGCGUUAAAAUAUUUGAGUUGCUCGUAUUAAAGGUGCGUGUUGUAAUGUUGAAACGUGUUCCUAGACCUCUAAUACACUCACGCUUCUAAAGAUACUUAGGAAAAUCUGUCGUUUGCGAUAUUGUCCUGCAACUGAACUGGCUAGUUUCUUUGUUUCAGGGUUGAGUUUAUGUUUUUGUUUUUUUUUUGUUUUUUUUUUUCUGGGCUGGAAAUUAACUCCGCCCCUCCUCAGCCAGAACAAGGGGCUCGGGCUCUUUUAAAAAAAAUAAAUAAAAAAAAUAAAAUAAAUAAAAACUUCCUGCCCCUUUAAAUGAACAUUCCCUCACAAACUUGUGAUAUUAGGAUCCUUCGAUUAUGGUUUAACGACCAGCAAACACUGACGAGCGCUAAUCUGUAUGCUAGCAUGAAAAUGUUAGGUGAUAUGAUGGUUUUUUUUUGAUGUUGAGGUUAUUCAGUUUAAUUUCCCGGACAUGAUUAAAAUCUUAAAAUAACUUGCUGUCAGGGGAAUUCCGGACCUUAGCCGAUAUUUUGACGUGCAAAUAUCUGAUGUAGAUAAAUGGUAAAUGGCACACUUGUAUAGCGCUUUUAUACAAAGCGCUUUACACUGUGUCUCAUUCACCCAUUCACACACACACACCAAUGGUAGCAGAGCUGCCAUGCAAGGUGCUAACUUGCCAUCGGGAGCAACUUGGGGUUCAGUGUCUUGCCCAAGGACACUUCGGCAUGUGGAGUCAUGUGGGCCGGGAAUCAAACCACCAACCCUACGAUUAGUGGACAACCUGCUCUACCAACUGAGCCACAGCCACCCCACACGUGCGAUUAUAAAAAUACGAUUCGAACCAGCUGGAUUAGCAUAAGCUGUGUAACGUAAUUAACGCAGUCGUUUAAAGAUUUUAAGCGAUUUUAAAGAAUCUGAGCGCAUAAAAUUGGGCGUCCUUUAAUGGACUAGCUAAGACCUUAACGCUAAACCGUCCUUAAAUAACAUUCCUGUUAAUAUUUAUUUUAUUCGUCCUUAAUUUACACGAAACGUGAUUAGAAGCCUGCAGAGAUUAAAAAAAAAUAAAAAAUUAGGUUGAAGUAGCGUUGCGUAAACGUUCUGCAAUAAACCUGUUUAAAAUUCGGUUUGAGCAAAUCCAUGCACCGUUUCGAUGAUGAUGAUGAUAAUAAUAAUCAUUUUUUAUUUUCGUGUGUUUGUCUGCCAAUAACCAUAAAACGUUAACAGGUGGUGUUGGCAUUUAUUUGCAGUCGAGCUUCCGUAAAAUAAGUGUAUUUCCUCGUGUACCCGAUCACAGCAAACAUUAAGUCAUUCGCUACCGUCUACGAUAUAUCAGUAUUGCGAUAACGGCUAGCAGUCGAUGUAUUGCGCGUACUCAGGUAGCCGUCAUGAAUUUCAUCUUAUUACAGGAAGUGACCUCCAGUCUCUGUAUCAGGCACACACACACACACACACACACACACGGGUUAAACUGGGAGUGCUGACCAAGAGACUUACAAAUGUGUUGCGUUUUUCUGUUCUUUCCUGUCUGCUGUGUUUAAUACGACGUGCAAAGCAUUCCUUCAUGAGAUUUCCUCGUGCAGUAGACAGCAGAAGUUUUGUCGUGUAGCGGUGCAAUACGACGCUUUAAACCCGUACAGCUAGGUGGAACUCGGACUUUGCAGCUCUGUAAUGUUGUCUUGUAUAUAAAUUAACCAAAUCAAUAAAGUCUUAUUUAAAUAUACAUUUUGAUUUUGUUUUUGUAUCAGUCACUGUGUCUCCAGGACUCUGUGUAUGAGGGAGAGCUUACAUAGAGCACGUGAUUUUACUUCAUUAAUAUCGACGGUGAUUGUUGUAAUGGGUUGGAAAAGUAUAAGUCGGAGUUUUGUGAAGAGCUGUUGUGCUUUAACCUCUUAACGUCUGAAUACGUGCAACAGGUUCCUCGACAGGUUCCUCGACCGUGCCUGACGUUACUGUAGAAAAGAGGACAGCCUGGACAGUAAUAACUGCCAUCUAAGUGUGCUUAUAUACAGUAUAAUAUUACUAUAACCUGCUUUUCACAGGUUUUUGUGUGGCCUUGAAAUAAACAUAUAUAAAUAUACAGUGCUGUGAAAAAGUAUUUCCUGCUUUCUUCUGUGUUUGUGUGGAUCUCACUAAAUUGUUUCAGAAAUUAAAGCAAAAUCUAAGAUGGUGG